AUGAAGAAUAAUCAACUAAGUUUUGACAUACCUGAUGAGCUUUACAAGCAACAACUGCAACACUUUAAGUUUGCCUUGCAUGGCCGUCUUUUAUUACAAAAAGGCGAUUCGCCCAGAUUUGCAGAGGACAUCAAAAGGGAAUUACAGGAGACGUGGAAGAUCUCGGCGCCUUGGCAAGUCAUACUUCUUGGAAAGGGAUUCUUCACGCUUCGUUUUUCUGGUGAAUCCGACAUGAUGCAAGCGAAAUCCAAAGCUUUCUGGAAAUUGAAAACGGGCAUCAUGAAAAUUCGGGAAUGGACACCGCUCUUUAAUCCUUACAAGGAAACAUCCACUCUAGCACAGGUCUGGAUGCGUAUUUAUUAUCUCCCGCACGAAUUGUGGCAUCCGGAGGUAGUCACAGGGAUUUCGCGCGUGGUGGGUAAUCCUAUAAAAAUGGAUGGCACCACUUUUCAGGGUGCCGUAGGUCAUUUUGCUAGAGUGCUCGUUGAAAUGGAUGUUACUAAAGAUAUUCUCUAUAACCUGAACAUUACCAGAGGUUCUGCUUCUUUUGACAUUGAAUUCGUAUAUGAAAACCUACCCUUCUACUGUGGAAUUUGCAGGAAAAUUGGGCACUCUUCGGAUAAAUGUCGGCGCAAAACGGAGGACGUUUUAAAGGAGGAUCAGGGAAACAAGCCUGAGAAACAGAAAAUUGAUACGGCAACUAACGAUCCUGGGGGUUUAAUGAAGAAAAAACCUGAUCAGAAUAAGGACUGGAAGAAGGUCAACACAAGGAAGAUAGAUACGAAAAAUUCGUUUGCAGUUUUAGAUGUCCUUGCGGAGAAGGAGAAAUCGAAAUCGGAUGGUCAAGGUUCCGAAACAUAG